UGCACCGAAGGAAGAUCGGAAUCAGAGAUAGUAAAGGGCCAGCACGAAUCUUAAAGCACAAGUGACGGUCAAAGAUAAGACAUGCGCACGCUGGCCAUUGCGGAGAUACUCAUUCGAGGCAACCACCUAUCCGAUUCCCGGAGCCCCUCCCCGGACUCAUCUCGACGCGGUAGCGCCACGCCGGCGUCGCCGCGAUGCUCCUCCUCCCGGGGCGUCCAGUCCUCCCCUCUCCGGCGCUGCCAUACUGCCCCUCGCCGUCUCCAUCCCGUUUCCGUCCCCUCCCCUGCACCAGCAACGCCCCCACCUCUGCUUCCACCGCCGCGUCCGCCGACGCCACCGCCUCCUCGUCCUUCUCCGUCGAAGAAUACCUCGUGAACAGGUGCAACCUCUACCCCAACGUGGCCGCGCGCGUGGCUCCGGAGCUCUCCGCCAUCAGGUCUCCCUCGAAGCCCGACGCCGUGCUUGCCUUCCUCGCCGACGCGCUCGAGCUCUCCCCGCCGCUCAUUGCCGUCGCAGUGGCCCGCGACCCGACGAUACUCACCUGCAGCGUGCCAAGGACGCUCGCGCCGCGCGCGGACGAGCUCCGCGCGCUCGGGUUCACCACGUACCAGAUGGGCCUUAUCGUCGUGCGCUGCGGCGCGGCCGCGUUCCGCUCACGCGCGCUCGUCUCCAGUGUCCAGUUCUGGCUCCCGUACCUGCGUGGUCGCGUCGACAAGCUCGUCGCCGCGCUCAAGGGCAACCCGGGCCUCCUCACCGCCGAUCUCCGGACGGUCAAGUCUACCAUCGCGCUGCUCCAAGAGGAAGGCACCCUCACCGAUGGCGACGUCGGCUGGUUCGCCCUCUCCUACUGCUCCAAGCUGCUUGUCGCGAGCCCGGACGAGGUCGACACCGUCCUGGCCCGCGCCGACGAGUUCGGCGUGCCGCGUAAGACGCGGGCGUUCAAGGACGCCAUCAUCGCGGCGUUCAGCGCCACUCCGGAGCGGCUCGCCUGGAAGGCCGCGUUCUUCAGGGACGAGCUCGGGUGGACGGAGGCGCAGGUGAAGACGGCGGCUGCGAAGAUGCCGACGCUGAUGACGGUCUCCGCGGAGCGGAUCCGGAGGAACUGGGAGUUCCUGACCACGGAGGUCGGGAUGGACGCGGAGCGCGUCGCCAGCUUCCCGGCGCUGCUGAGGUACGACCUGGAGGGGCGGCUCGUGCCGCGGUUCCAGGUGAUGAGGGUGCUGCAGGCGCGGCGGCUGUGGCGCGGCAGGGACUUCAACAACAUUGCUGCCAUCACGGAGGAGGAUUUCGUGGCCAAGUUCAUCAGGCCGUUUCUGGUCCAAGUCCCAGACCUGGCCAAGAUCUACGAGGCCGCCGUCGUGGAGAAGGAAGAACAGUAGCGGAUAGUGUAUAAUUAGGGAUGAAAACGGUACGGAUAUUUUCCGACCGUAUUAGAUCUGUCCGUAUCCGAGUCCGAAUAUUCAACAUCCGAUACCGUAUCCGUAUCUGAAUACUUGAAUCGUAUAUUUAUGAUGUUGACAUCCAAUUGUAUCUUAUCCGACAUGAUGGACAUUAUCCGUAUUCGAAUAGAAAU